UGACAGUGCUUAUGUUUGAGCAGACCCUUACUGCGCGUGCGCACUUCUCUCUCUCCCUGUCUCUCGCUCUCUCAUACACACUGUCUCGGCUCUUCACAUUCCCACGUUGAAAUAUUAAGAAAAUAAUCGUACAUUGAUUCAUCGCAUCGGACAGGAUGGCAUCUGGUGUCACGGUCAAUGAUGAAGUCAUCAAAGUAUUUAAUGACAUGAAAGUACGGAAGUCGUCGACCUCAGACGAGGUGAAGAAGCGCAAAAAGGCGGUGUUGUUCUGUCUCAGCGACGAUAAGAAGAAGAUCAUCGUCGAGGAGGGCAAGCAGAUCUUAGUCGGAGAUAUUGGAGACACUGUCGAUGAUCCCUACGCCUGCUUUGUAAAGCUUCUACCUCUUAAUGAUUGCAGAUAUGGCUUAUAUGAUGCGACCUAUGAGACUAAAGAAUCCAAGAAAGAAGACUUGGUAUUUAUAUUUUGGGCUCCUGAAGGUGCGCCAUUAAAAAGCAAGAUGAUAUACGCUAGCUCGAAAGAUGCUAUUAAGAAGAAGUUUACAGGUAUCAAACAUGAAUGGCAGGUUAAUGGUUUAGAUGACAUUCAGGACCGCUCAACCCUGGCAGAAAAGUUGGGAGGAAGUGUGGUGGUAUCACUGGAGGGGAGACCAUUGUAAACUGAACAGCCAUGUGCCAUCUGGAUUCCACGCUUUCAGCAGCAGCAGUCUCUAUCAUUUGAAGGAAUAGUCCUAGUUUGUUUUUAUUUCAUUUUUUUUGUUUGUUUGUUUUUCCACUUUAAAGAGAUCUCAUUAACAUAUGCAAAACAUCUACCAGUAUAUUGCCCGCUUACUUUUCGCUCCCUAGUAGUUUUUGUACAUCCCCAAAGAAUGCUCUCUCUCUCUCUCUUUUUUUCUCUUUCUCCCUCUCUCUCUCUCUCUGUGUUUUGCCAAAUGAAAGUAGAAGCUUGGAUAUUACCAGUGCUAUCAGCACAAACUCAGUCUAUAUCUUUAUGAUGAUGUAUUUAUAGAGAUAUUCUACUAUGCUAUAAGAGAAAAAUACUGCUUGUUAAAGCCUCACAGCAAUGCAUUAAGCAGUAACAAGCACUUUACAACUAUUUAUUUGAACUCCUUUACCUAAUCAGGCUCCUUUGACAUGGCAAACACAUUAAAUCUAUGCAGCUAAAAAGCACUUUUCGUUUUUACACCACCGAUUGAAGGAGGACUUUGGAAUUUCUGUGUCGGAAUAGAAGUUUCCACAGUUUUCAUGCCUGCUAUGCGUAUGGACAUAAACAUGGGUUUUGAACUCUUCCAUUGCAGCAUUUGCAUUCAGAUGCAGUAGGUUUACCACAGUAUGUGAAAGCCAAGCUGCUUGGAAUUUUUUAACACUACAAAUGAAUACAUAUUAUCUGUAAAGAUGGCAAUAUUUGCAUCCUAAAGUGAAAUAUUGUUUUUGAGAUCAAGGAAGUUGCCACUUCGAAUAAAAUCUUGUGGCGGAA